GGAUGGUAAAAAAGAAGGAUUUAAAUCAGAAAAAAAUAAUGAGACCACAAAAAUCUUGUAAUUCAUCUGUUGGCCGUAAUUGGAAUGAAUGCAGCACUAAAAGAAUUAAUCCAACUACUGAAUUAAGGUCAACACAUUCUGGAAGAACGGCAUUAGCAAAACAAAGAUUAAUAAGAAUGUUAAUUGUAAUUGUUGUAAUAUUCUUUUGUUGUUGGACACCUUCCUAUAUUUGGUGGCUUUUACUUAAUGCACAAGAUACUUUUCAGACUUUCAAUAUUUGGAAUUCAGAAGUAAAUACAUUCAUUACCGUCUUAACAUAUCUAUCUUCCUGUACAAAUCCUAUUACUUAUUGCUUUUUGAAUAAUAAAUUUAGAAAUGCAUUGUGUUUGACAUUUGGAUUUCGCACAGAAAUUAGCCGGGAUAGGGCUAGCCGUGUUCAGCGGACACAAACAAGUGCUGCUGGCACACCCCGUGAUGAAUUCCAUUCAUGUCUAAGCGACACAAAUAAUCAUUCUAAUGCUAGUGGAAUACAUUCUGAUGGGCCUGGCAAAAUGGAGGAAGGAUUAAGGGAAAGCCCAUCAAAUCAAUUUCUUCAACUUCUACGACGAACAAAUUUUUCAAUAUUUGGUAGAGUUGGAAUAACCUCAGAAGUUAAUUUAUUAAAAACAGAACAACUAAAUGGCAAUCAAAAUUGUAUUAUUAAACCUAAAAACCAAUUUGAAAUUGAAAUGAAAAUGAGAACAACACAAAAUGGGGGAAAUUUUGUUUUAAAUUAA